AUUUUGGAUACUUAAGGGGUACAGUAAUGGUCCUACCUGUAUUUUCGCCAUGGAAGGUGGAUUCCCAAAUGAUGCUGUCCUCAGCAAAGUGCAAAUUACAUACUCGGGUGUAUUUGGUAACCACUAAAUCACUACGAGGGAUUGCAUUGAGCCAUCUUUUACGACAGUUUUCGUUUAAUGGAAACGAAAAUACGUGUACCUUCGGACCCUUCCCGUAAUCACCGACACAAAUAUAAGUUUAAAACAUCAAU